UUAAAGCAGCCCAGCGCAUCAUAGUAAACGGUAAUACCUUCUGUCCGUGCUCCGUAGUCGUUAUUUUACAAACUAUCUUCACAGAUUAUGAAUGAGCUGGACCAAUCAGAACAGAAUAGAAUCAAUAGAUAGAGAGGAUUGAUAAUCGCAUAGCGUAUUGUUGUUAUAGAUUGUCUCAGAUUUUUGGUAUUCAGAAAAUAUAUGUUGAAGAGCCAAACUCAACUUAGUUUUCUAUUGAAGAGUGUAAUAAUUGUUGUAUUCUCAAAGAUUUCAAUUUUGAUUCUGGAAAGUGGGUCUUGAUUUUUGCUUGUGAAAGGCUAAAAAUUUACUAGUUUAUUUAUUUGAAACGGAUCCAAAUGGACUAUAGAGGAUUGACCCAAUUAGUUUAGAAUUGAGGUGUUAUUGUUGUGUUGUAAAAGUAGAAGAAAGAGGAGGUGAAGAUGAAGAAUAAGGGAGAGGACGUAGACUCACCAUUUUCAGUAGCAAAAGACUUACCAAUUAGUCUUUUAAGGGUGAUUUUAAUGUUGAUCAUAUUUGUAGUUGGGGUAGUAAUUGGAUUGUCUUCAACCUCACAUAUUAAAUGGUACUUUACUUUCCAACCUCAGCAGAUUAUUAUUGCAAAUAAUGCAUUGGCUAAUACAGUGAACAAAGAUAGUAGUGGCAAUUGUAAAAAGGAUGAUUGUUUAAGCAUGUGAAGUUUCGGUAUGCCCAAAGUAUUGAUACAUGGAUUAUCGGAACGAUGAAUUGUUUUGGAGGGCUUCAUUGGUGCCUUACAAGGAAGAGUAUCCAUUUAAGAGAGUGCCUAAAGUGGCUUUUAUGCUCUUGACUAGGGGAGAUUUACCAUUGUUGCAAUUGUGGGAGAGGUUCUUUGACGGGAAGGAUGUGAACAAAUACUCGAUAUAUGUUCAUUCGCUCCCAGGAUAUGUGCUUAGUGUUUCCAAUACCUCAGUUUUCUACAAGCGCCAGAUCCCAAGUUGAGUAUGGUUUCUUGACGACUUUAGUACUGUAGUUUGUUUAUUGCUGUUCUUUCGUGCUUAUUUUGUGUGAGGCUAAAGGUAUCAUAUGCUGAUCAGCAUAUAUAAAGAAUCUUAUAUUGCACUGAUCAGCAAUGGAGCACAGUUACCUUCUUUGCUGCAAGCAUCGAAUUUCCUGUCUCCUGGAAAACUUUUCGUUUGUGAAUAAAUGAAAAAUAUGCUGAACUGUGUAAUAUGUUACCUCUUGUGAUGUAAAUGGAUGGGAAUUUGGUUUACAAGGUGUACUGAGUGUUGCUACUUACUACUAAAAUUGAGUUGUGGAGCUGUGUGAUUCACUUUCGUCCAACAAUGAUAGAAGACGAGUUAGGUGGCUGGAGUGCUGGUGAUAAUUAUGUCAUGUUUGCAAUGGAGAUUUUUGGAGAAAACAAAGGAGAAAAAGGUGGAGUUAAAAGGAAUAUGCAGUUGUGUAGUUGCAUUUCAGUGAGAUUAUACUUUGAUAAGGAGAAGGAGAUGCAGGAAAACGCUAUAGAGCAGGUUGAAUGGGGAUCUGUAACACUGGUUGAUGCUGAGAGGCGACUUUUGGCCAAUGCCCUGCUGGACUUCUCAAAUGAGCGUUUCGUCCUUCUUUCUGAUAGUUGCAUUCCACUUUACAAUUUCUCAACUGUUUACAAGUAUCUCAUAGGGUCCAUUCAUAGUUUUGUUGGAUCAUAUGAUGAUCCUUCUCGUUAUGGGCGCGGGCGUUAUAGUAGUGUGUCUGUGAGAUAGGUUUUCUUCAUUUUCUUUUCAUGGGUGUAGUCUUGUUUACUAUUAGUAUCGGUGUAUCCAUUGAUAGUGGUUAAGGUUAGUACAUAAAUUUUGCUUUCCACAUACAUAAUAUAGUUGCUUGGCACUUCCUUUACUUCACAGAGCAAACAAAUGAACUACUACAUAUUUUCCAGUGUCCAAGAUAGCAUUGGACAGUAAGUCAGAAGUAACAAAAAUGCUUUGAAUGACAGCAAAUCACACCAUCUAAACAUCAGCUGUUAGUAAAAUGAAUUUUCUGCAUGAGUUGUUCUGAUUAAGUUUCUUGAUAUUAAAAUGAACAUGUAAUCUUUGUUUUGUUUUCCUUGAAAUGACAUUAUCUUAUCUGUUUUCUCCAAGCGAUAAAAAUGACUAAUCUCCUGGACAGGGAAGUCAUGAUCCUCUCUUCUUUGAGUUCAAUGCUGCAAACAUGAUUCCUGCAGAAUUCUUCGCUAUUUAAUGAAACCUUAUGGGGCUUAUAUCUGGUGAAGUUUGUUAUCACAUUGUAUUGGUGAUAGUU